AUGCCGCACAAUCCGAUUCAAAAGUCCAAGCUGGAAAAUAAGCCAGCUCCAAAUAAUAGGACUAACAAACGAUCAUGGCUACAAUCCAAACUCCGCUUCAAACUACCUAAGCAUAAUCAGAAAGAGCCCCCCGAGCCCCAGAGAAAGUCUAUUGAAGCUUCGCGACAUGAAGUUGCUGCUUCUCGCUCAAAUCUCAGCGCCGAAUCAAGAAAGACGUCAUCCCAGAAUCCUAGGUCACCAGAGAAAGAACCUGACCUGGUUGCGUAUAUGGCAAGAGGAGGAUACCUUGAUUCUCCCCAAGUGGAGCCAAUCAGAAGUAGAGAGCCUUUUGCUAUUGAGCUACCACAAAAAUUUCGCCAAUCGUACUCACAGACACAAGAUCCCCAAGAUCAACCAUCACCACCAUCAGCCUUGACGUUUUCAAAGGAGCAAGCAAAUUACUAUGAUAAUCUAUCUCCAGAAAUGUGUAAGACUUACGGAUACCCACUUCCUGCAAAGUCAUCUGAAUUUAAGAUACCAAGAAAGCCAUUAGAAAAAUAUGAAUAUCGUCUAGAUGAGAAUAUAGAAGUAGGAAUUGGGAAGAAAAUCAAUUUUAUCCGACCACAGAUAAAAGAUAUCCCACCGCAAGCAAACUACCCUAAGCCGCCUUUGGGAGCAAAAACAUGUUCGUCGCGAAGCAGGAUUUGUCCACGAUCGCCCCGAAUUCCAUCAACAAUGAAUAGCGAAGAGCUAAAGAGAGAAUUCUCUGAUUUUGAGAACUUCCGGCCAAGGAAAGAAUAUCAGAAGUUACAACAAACUGUAAAGGAAACCAAGCAUGCUCAACCACAAACAGUAACAGCAGGCGACCUGCAAAGACAUAAGUCCAUCGCAGGCGUAAUUCAUCAAGAAUCAUCACGAAGAUCCUCAAUGCAAUUUUCGGAACCUUCUCAUUCAGGACCUGGAUCCAGCAGGAUACAUUCGCCAGCUGAACAACUCCUAGCACAACAAGAACUGGACCUCGGAGUAUUAGCGAAUGAAUAUGACAGGCUAGAUGCUUAUGAUCGUCAAAUUGAAGAGCACCAACGGGAAUCAGCAAGAUCUCGUAAGUCGAGGGUAGCAACCACUCCUCAGCCGCCUAGAAGAACUCGCCAGGUUGAAUCAAGACCUUUACCGCCAAUACCGCCGCCACAUCAAUCGCCAGCAAUAUCUGUUCAUUCAUCAGCAAGAUCUCACAGACCUCCAAUACCAACUAUUCCCAAACCUUCAGAAAACAUUAGUGAGUCAGAAACAAAAUUUCUAAAACGAAUACCAAUAACAAAUUCAUCGCAUCAACCAGCAGCAAUACCUAUUCAUUAUUCAGCAAGAUCUCAUAGAACUCGAGCACCAAAUAUUCGCAGAACAUCAGAAAAUAUUCACCGGUUAGAAACAGAAUUUCCACAACGGAUUCCAAUAUCACACCCACCACCACCAAUACCACAUCAACCACCAGCAACCCCUAGACAUUCAUCAUCAAGAUCUCGCAGGCCCCCAACACCACUCAUUCCCAAACCACCAGAAAAAACUAUCCAUUUUGAAGCAAGACCUUUACGACCCGUCCCAAAUACCCUCAAGAAACAAAGAGAGCGUCCUCAGAAACCAUCGCAGCCACGUUCAGAUAGAGCCAAGCCGCAUCCGUCGGGACAAUCUUCUGGAAAGGAAAAGGAGAAGAAACGUCGUUAG